GUUAACGGAUGUAAAUAUUUCAUGCCCCUUUGAUAACAGGCUUACAGGUUGUGAGAGCUACCAUUUCUUCACUGAUCAUCAAAUUCUCAUUCAUUGAUUGGGCUUUGAUCUCGUGAUCAAUAUUUAGAUGUGACAGCACGCUUCCCUGUGAUAUUGUUGUAGAUAUAAUACAAUCUGAUAUACUAGAUUAAUUCUAAUGGUGACCCACCCUCCACGCAAAUUCUGAUGGUGGAAAUAAAUUGGAUUGUUUUGGUCAAUAUGGAAGUAAAGCGACAAGGAAAAUCAGCUAAAUGCAAUGUUGUGCUUGGUGGUCAUAGUUUGAAUGAUAUGUACUUCAAAAUAAGUGGGCAGCUGGUGGAGUAGUUUUUAAGGAUGGAAAGGAAAUUCAUUAGUCAAUGGAAAUAACUAAAUGGGAAGUAUAUGCCAUUUUCAGGAAUUCUGUUUAUGGACUUUGAACACUGUAUCAGGAUGCAGCAAAUUAUAGCAUAAUUAUUGAACAGACAUUAUGCUGCAGUGAAAUGUAGCAACAGGAAUUCAAUAAUAUUGACACCCUCACGUGGAAACUAAAAGGACCAGAUUGUCUUAUACAUACUUGAUUAUAAACAAUGACAAACAUUGAUUGAAUCAAUAUUCCAUGAUUGAAUCAACAUCAUGAAUUGUUUGAACAUUUACUGUGAAAGAUGGAGAGCUCGUAUAAAAAAGGCCAGGGACAAGAGAAGGGAGAUAAAUGUGAAGGACUACAUGAUUGAGAAUCAAUCAGAUUCAACAUUAGGGAGAGUACCCGGACAAGUCAGUGGUCAGCAGUUUGUCAUCCAGAAUUGCAAGAACUGCAACAUUUAUGUAUUUGAUUACAUAGCCGCCAUAAAUAUAGAUGAUUGUGUAGAUUGUAAUAUUUUUCUUGGACCUGUUAAAACAAGUGUGUUUAUCCGGGAUUGUAAAAGCUGUCGAGUGAUAGCUGCCUGUCAGCAAUUCCGGACCAGGGACUGCAGUAAGGUGGAUAUGUUUCUCUGCUGCAACACUCAGCCCAUUAUUGAGGCAUCCUCUGGUAUGAAGUUUGCCUGCUACCAGUACCAUUAUCCUGAACUGAAAAUGCAGUUCAAGAUGGCAGGUCUGAGUGUAUUCAGCAAUAACUGGGGAACUAUCCAUGACUUUUCUCAGGAUCCAGACGAACAACAUUAUUCCCACCUAUCAGAGGACUCAAAAGUUGACGACUUUGUACCUCAACCCGAUACGGAGCAGUUUCAGUCAAUGACGAUAUCCACAUCUCAAAAGGACAGUGUAGUACCAUUAACACUGGGCCCGAGGAGGAAACCCUCAGAUGAGUCAUGUCUGGUCGUCUUCUUCAAUGAUGGCAAGAACACCAACACUACCAGGGCACGCCAAUUUAUUGAUAAGCUGCUUGAAAACCACCCAACCAUUGUAUUAGUACAAACGCGAGAUGUGACCAUGGAGCCUAAUGAUGCUUUACGAGUGUUUGGAACAGAAAAUUAUUCUCCAUUUGUUCAAAGAGGAUCUGUUAUAGGGUUGGAAUUUAAUGGAGACAGCUGUGUAGAGACUCUCCAUGCAGCAUUGAAUGUGUUCCAGCAGGAACAAAUCUGUGACUUUUUCUGUUCUGAAAGCCGCUCCGAAGCAGAGAAGCAGAUUGAGAACUUUUACAAUUAUGCAGACAUGCAAAUGGCUGUAUGAUAAUGUGACUAAUUUAAGCCUGUGUUAUUUAUGCUGUUGAUGUCAUUGUGUUGUUAGUUAUUUUCUUUAAGGAAUACCUGUGAGAAUUAAUACAAUAUAAUGUAUUUAUUACUAGUAUUCAAACAGAAGAUAAUAUGCUGUACUUUAUCGAUAAGGCGAAAAGUAAUCAUGUUGUGAUCUCAGAUUUUUUUACCCAGUCACAGUAUCUACUGUAAAAGUGGUUAUUCAUGCGUGGGGGAAAUUUACACUAAUUACGCGGUCACUUAAUAAGUAAUAAGUGCGUAAAUUUCCCCCACGUAUAUAGUCAUAAAUAUUUGAUAUGAUAUAUAUCAUAUUCGAUUACUGUGUAUUUUCCCCCCACGCAUUAUGUUGGACAUGGAAAAACGCGUACCUAACCCACAGCCUAAAUAAUCACUUUUAUAAUAAACUAGUUUUUAUCACGAAUCUUACCUAUCUCUCCAUACACAGAUUUCGCUCAGUAAUUUGUUUACAAUCAGGAAAUUCGUUUAAUACCUAUUGUUUACGGUAUUUAUGUAUCUAGCAGAAACAAAAUAAGGGUGACGCAAAAAGAGCGAUAUGCUGUAGAAUGACUAAUUUUCAUGGAGACUGAUUUUUGUCGUUAUUGUGAUGGACAUGAAUUGAAAUCACCCAGUGAACGACCAUUAAACCACAAAGUCAAGACUCCAGGGACACUUUUUUUUUCUUCGGUCAGGAAAAUGUGAUGCCUUGAAAAUACUGUAUGUGUUUUUAUUUUAGUGGGAUUCAAAUUUUAGCAGCUUUGGUGGUGAAGCAAAAGUGCUAAUUCAUGGUAGCGCUAGAGUGUGAAAUUCUCUAUUUAUCCAUUAUCAUAUACAUGUAUAGACGAAGCGCUAAAUCAUGAUUAUGCUAAACAGUGCAUCGUCUCCAACUGCACCAAAUUUUAAAUAUGCUAAACUAAGUACCCUUUCAGUAAGUGACUGCAGGAUGAACUAGGAAUGUGUCCCUGCUUUUUUAUUUAGAUUUUGUUAUGGUUCAUUUCAGCAGUCCUUCAGUAUGAUGAAUUGGACUACAUUGUCAUAAACAGGGUUGUAUUUGUCAGUUGUGGUGCAGUUAUUGCUGCAUUAGUUCAAUUGUUAAAGUGUUUAAUUUGUAUGAUCCAUUUACUUGCUAACUGUGGAAUCCACCAUGUUUAGAUAAAUUUCAUAGCAACAGUCUCCCUUUAGAAGCUUUAUGUUGUGGUCAUGUUACCUCGGAUUAUUUCUACAUGUAUGGAAUUUCCUUUGAGAUUAGUUGUACAUAUAUGGUUGUAAGUAUACAUGUAAUGCUUGGUAACUCUUCUAUGUACAACACAUUUGUAAGAAAAUGGAUGUUGGGGUUGUCUACCCUUUGCAUUAGUAGCUGUAGAAUUUUUACUGUGAAACAUUCCGUCCUUUUCAUUGUGUAAUUUACAUGUAUUUCAAGUGAAGUUUAUCUUUAAACUUUAAAAAAAACGUGGUGCGGUGAAAAACAUGAACAAAACUCUUCAUUUCUUUUACUGAUUUAUUUUAAACACAUCGCCUCUCAUUUUGCUUCAUACGACAAUAGAUUUCUAGAUUUGAUUAGAGAUCAAUUCAUGAACACAAAAUGUAUUCUUGCAUAAAAGUUUGUAUUCACAUUAUCAUGGGAACUUUAUUUCUGCAGAAAUGCAUGAUGUUUCCUUGGCAUGCACAUAGGUUUUGUGAAUAAUUUUAGAUCUGUAAUAAUGAACAAAUUGAAUGUUCGAGAAAUGAAUGUCUCACAGAUAAAUUCGACAAGGAAAGAUUGCAGAAAUAAAGUCUCGUGUUAAUGAAGUCAUUUAUUUUCAGUAAUAGAUGUUUCAUCUUAAAUCACAUCUUCGCAAGCCAAGUGGUCGACAAGACAAAAGCAAGCAAAUUUAACCUUUGCAUGCGAAGAUGUUUCAAUCAUAGAAUUCUGUUAACUAAGAGAAUAUGACUUAAUGCAAUUCCAUAAUGCUGAUGUAAAAGAAUACUGUACAUUUUGUGAUGGUGCAAUGAACACUCUUGUGGAACAGAAUGAAUAUAUCAACAUAGAUCCAUUUCAAUUGUCAAUGUUAUUUGUCUUACUGAAUUAAUAGAAAAGUAAAUACGUAAAAUCUGUC